UCCGGGUAGCUCCGCCUCGCAGCCCCGUCUGCUCUCGCCGCCGUUUCCGCCGCCGCCGUCUCUCGCCGGCCGCCUCUCGCCGCCUGGGUCCCGGUCACACGUCGCCGCCGCCUUCACCGGCAUCAUGAACAAGAAGAAGAAGCCGUUCCUGGGCAUGCCCGCCCCCCUGGGCUACGUGCCGGGGCUGGGCCGCGGCGCCACGGGUUUCACCACCCGCUCGGACAUCGGUCCCGCCCGAGAUGCCAACGACCCCGUGGACGAUCGGCACGCGCCGCCAGGGAAGAGGACGGUCGGGGAUCAAAUGAAAAAGAACCAAACGGCUGAUGAUGACGAUGAAGAUUUGAACGACACCAAUUACGAUGAGUUCAAUGGUUAUGCUGGGAGCCUGUUCUCAAGUGGUCCCUAUGAAAAAGAUGACGAGGAAGCAGAUGCUAUAUAUGCAGCAUUGGAUAAGAGGAUGGAUGAACGCAGGAAAGAAAGAAGGGAACAACGAGAAAAAGAGGAAAUCGAAAAAUACCGUAUGGAACGACCCAAAAUUCAGCAGCAGUUCUCAGACUUGAAACGAAAGCUGGCAGAGGUGACAGAGGAGGAGUGGCUGAGCAUUCCGGAGGUCGGGGACGCCAGGAACAAGCGUCAGAGGAAUCCUCGGUACGAGAAGCUGACUCCUGUCCCUGACAGCUUCUUUGCGAAGCAUUUGCAGUCGGGAGAGAAUCACACCACGGUGGACCCACGUCAGACGCAAUUUGGUGGAUUGAAUACCCCGUAUCCAGGCGGCUUGAAUACUCCGUACCCAGGAGGAAUGACGCCAGGCUUGAUGACACCUGGGACAGGUGAAUUGGAUAUGAGGAAGAUUGGCCAAGCCAGGAACACCUUGAUGGACAUGAGGCUGAGCCAGGUGUCGGACUCUGUGAGCGGCCAGACUGUAGUGGACCCGAAAGGAUAUUUGACAGACUUGAAUUCGAUGAUUCCCACACACGGAGGAGAUAUCAAUGAUAUCAAGAAAGCCCGUUUGCUCCUGAAGUCUGUACGAGAGACCAAUCCUCAUCAUCCGCCGGCCUGGAUUGCAUCUGCCCGGCUGGAGGAGGUCACCGGCAAACUCCAAGUGGCUCGAAACCUCAUCAUGAAAGGAACAGAGAUGUGCCCCAAGAGUGAAGAUGUUUGGUUAGAAGCUGCUCGGCUUCAGCCUGGGGACACAGCCAAGGCUGUUGUGGCCCAAGCUGUUCGGCACCUUCCACAGUCUGUCCGGAUUUAUAUAAGAGCAGCGGAGCUGGAGACAGAUAUCCGUGCGAAGAAACGCGUCCUUAGGAAAGCCCUUGAGCAUGUUCCAAAUUCGGUGCGUUUGUGGAAAGCAGCCGUGGAGUUAGAAGAACCUGAGGACGCCAGGAUCAUGCUGAGUCGGGCCGUGGAGUGCUGUCCCACUAGUGUGGAACUGUGGCUUGCGUUGGCAAGACUGGAGACAUAUGAGAAUGCUCGUAAAGUCCUUAACAAAGCCCGUGAGAAUAUCCCAACGGAUCGUCACAUCUGGAUUACUGCUGCCAAGCUGGAGGAAGCCAAUGGAAACACCCAGAUGGUGGAGAAAAUCAUUGACAGAGCCAUCACGUCUCUUAGGGCCAACGGUGUGGAAAUCAACAGAGAGCAAUGGAUACAGGAUGCUGAGGAAUGUGAUAAAGCUGGAAGCGUGGCCACGUGCCAGGCAAUCAUGCGAGCGGUGAUUGGGAUUGGGAUUGAGGAAGAGGAUCGGAAACACACCUGGAUGGAAGAUGCAGACAGUUGCGUUGCUCACAAUGCUCUGGAGUGUGCCCGAGCAAUUUAUGCUUAUGCCUUGCAAGUUUUCCCGAGCAAGAAGAGCGUGUGGCUGCGAGCAGCGUACUUCGAAAAGAACCAUGGAACGAGAGAAUCCUUGGAGGCUCUUUUGCAGAGAGCGGUUGCUCACUGUCCCAAAGCAGAAGUGCUGUGGCUCAUGGGGGCCAAAUCCAAGUGGCUGGCGGGAGAUGUGCCGGCCGCCCGGAGCAUUUUGGCCUUGGCGUUCCAGGCCAACCCCAACAGCGAGGAGAUCUGGCUGGCUGCUGUCAAGCUCGAGUCGGAAAACAAUGAAUACGAAAGAGCGAGGAGGCUGCUGGCCAAAGCUCGCAGCAGCGCUCCCACUGCUCGGGUCUUCAUGAAGUCUGUGAAGUUAGAAUGGGUGCUUGGGAACAUCGCUGCGGCCCAGGAGCUUUGUGAGGAAGCCCUGAAGCACUACGAGGACUUCCCCAAGCUCUGGAUGAUGAAAGGACAAAUUGAGGAACAAAAAGAGCUGGUAGAGAAAGCCCGGGAGGCUUAUAAUCAAGGGUUGAAAAAGUGCCCCCACUCCAUCCCCCUGUGGCUUUUGCUGUCCAGGCUGGAGGAGAAGGUUGGGCAGCUGACCAGAGCAAGAGCCAUCUUGGAAAAGUCUCGCCUGAAGAAUCCGAAGAAUCCGGAUCUCUGGUUGGAGUCGGUGCGAUUAGAGUAUAGAGCUGGGCUAAAGAACAUUGCAAAUACUCUGAUGGCCAAGGCGUUGCAAGAAUGCCCCAAUUCAGGAAUCCUGUGGUCAGAGGCGAUUUUCCUUGAAGCGCGACCGCAACGAAAGACCAAGAGUGUGGAUGCUCUCAAGAAGUGUGAACAUGACCCACAUGUCCUGCUGGCUGUGGCCAAGCUGUUCUGGAGUGAGCGUAAAAUAACCAAGGCCCGAGAAUGGUUCCACCGAACAGUGAAGAUAGACUCGGACCUGGGGGAUGCCUGGGCUUUCUUUUACAAAUUUGAGCUCCAGCACGGCACGGAGGAACAACAAGAAGAGGUGAGGAAGCGCUGUGAGAACGCUGAACCCCGCCAUGGAGAGCUCUGGUGUGACGUCUCCAAGGACAUACAGAAUUGGCAGAAAAAGAUUGGAGAGAUCCUCGUGCUUGUGGCAGCCAAGCUUAAAAAUACCUUCUAGAGCGGCCUGGCUUCAGCUGCGUUAGUCGCCUCUGUAGGACUGGUCUGCUUUCCCGCUUGCGGUGUGUUCGCCCUUCCGGUGCCACAGGUCCUGGAGAACAGGAGAGCGGUGGUGAUACAAAACAUCUUUCUUCCAAAAGGAAAAGCUGCUUCCUUCUCUUCCCGGUGAUAUCGCUCGUGGCUCACACAAUGUGGUCAUCAGCUCCUGCGCCACAUCUCAGCCUCGUCGCUGGUGUCACGUAGGAGAGACGAGCAGCCUUGUGAGGCUCCCUCAGCCUUUUCAGUUUGAUGCCUGAGUCCCCUGUGUAAAUACGAGCUUUAAUGAAUGCUUGUAGGGAGUCUGACAUUGAGCAGUUCUCUGUUUCCUUCCCCAGCAUGCAUUCCCAUCCUGUCCUGUCCCCCUUCGUGCAGUUUUAGUGUUUGGCCUCUGAUGCUGGUGUGUUGCUGUUUGAACACACCGAAUGUCCUCGGGGGAGCUGUGAGGAGCUCGGCUGGGGACGGCUGGCAGAGGCCUCCCCUGGUUUACUUUUUUGCUUGUGGCUUUUUUGCCACAGCCUGGUUUAGCUUGGUCUCCUCUUCUGGCAAACAGCAGCACAGCUCCCAAGCAUUCCUGGAACCUGAGCAGAUAGUGCAUUUUGUGAAAUUCAAGAGCAUAUUUUUAGAGAUUUUUGUUCCUCAGUUUUUAAGUGUAUAUAGUAUAACCUUAUUCUUUUAGGUGUCUGAUUUCAUUAAGCACCUUAAGCACAGUGGUAUUUUAAAGUAACAAGGCAAAAUCCAGCAAUCCCUGAAAGCCCCUUUGAAGGAAUAACCUUUAUUUAGAGUCGCUGAGAAACUGCACUUUUACAGGAGCAGCUGCUUUCAGUUGGGAUGUUUGGACAACCCUCUUCCAGGGCAGAGGGAAAAAAGCAAAUCCACAGAUGAAAAGUUUUGUGUUUGGGACCCUUUAUAAGCUGUCUUCAAUUUUCUACACUUGUGAUCUGUAUGAUUUUGACUCCAAAAAACCUGACUUUCUUGUGAUCUUUGAAUGAAAAGCUGUAAUGUCUUACACAUUAGCGAAAGUAGCCAGGUCUGUGUGUGCGCGUUAUAUAAUGUAUUUAGUUGGAGGAGAAAACCCGUUAUCACUUGUUUGGACAAUAUGUAUACAAUACAGCUUGGUUUUUUUGUUUCCUUA